CAUUACUAGAGGCUCCAUCUAAAAGCAAUGGUGUGGAUCACACACCGUCCUUCUCCUAUACUGUGUUCAGUGCUCCACUCUCUUUCUACCCCCAGUCUCCUUGUGGAAUGUCGUUAUUCUAAAGGGAACGUGGCCAGCACUGGGUUCCUGGUGAAGACCCCCACAGCCCUCCGCCCUGCCCCUCACCUGGGGGUGUUUCAGGUGCAGUUACAGAUUGCUAAAGAUGGGACUUUCUCCCAGUUCUACCCCUCCUCCAGCCUGCCCGUGAGUCUCCUCCUGGGGAGCAGAGUUUACCUUGAGCUGCGUCUGAUCAACCCCACUGACCCCAGCCUGGUUCUGCUGGUGCACUACUGCAUUGCUUACCCACGCUCCUCCAGUGCUGUGUGGGUGCUGCUGUACCAGGGUUGUCCCAAUGUCCUGGAUUACGGCAGCUCUGCUUCGCUGCACGUCGACGGCCAGCCCCCCAACUCCCACUCCAAAUUCAGACGACGCUUCAGUCUCCGGACAUUCCAGUUCCUGAGCAGUGGGCUAGCCCUGGACGAGGAGAUCUCCUUCAUGUGCUCCACUGAAGUCUGUUCUCCAGACCAGCGCGUCUGCAAUGAGGGUUGCUUUGAUGGGAGAGAUACUCCCAUCUCGAUAGACCCCAGUAUGAGACUGCGCUGUGCUGGUAAUCCCUGCCCGGGGAGGGUGCUGCUGGAGGGAGGCUAGUGAAGGAGCUCAGAGCCCAGGCAGGAAACGCAGCCCUAAGACUACAGUAACCAUUUCAAAUAAAGAGAACAAACCCA